AUGUGGGUUUUUGGGUUUAUUGUUGUUGGGGGUGUUUUAUUGUGGGGGUGUUUGGGGGGUGGGGGGGGGGUUUGGUGUGGUGUUGGUGUUUGGUUUGGUGUGGUUGUGGUUUUGUUGAUUUUGUGUUUUAUGGGGGUAUUGUUUGGGGUUGGGUUUUUUGGUUUGGUGGGUUGGUGGUUUGGGGGUGUGUGGGUGUUUGGGUUUGGGGGGUUGGGGUUUGGUUUGUUUGUUUGUUGUGUUGUGUUGGGGUUGGGUGUUGGGUGGGGUUUGAGUUAUGUUUGGUUGUUUUGUUUGUGUGGUUGGGUGGUUGUGUUUGAGGGGGAGGGUUAG